AAAUAAAUAAAAAAAACAAAAAAAAGUGGUAAUAAAAAGUAUUUGUGUGGGCUUGUCUGACUCUGUGUGUAGAUGUCGGAAAAUUCACUUAUAUAUUGAGCACGCAAACUUCAUAGAUAUCUUAUAAAAUGGAACGAGGACAAGAAAAAUAUCUCUCAUCGGGAAGUAAUACAACAAAUACGACACCUUCCCGGCCGGCUUCACGACGCACUUCCACUAUUAUAACGCGAGAAUCAUUACCAACACCGCCACCCGAUCCACGGGUACGAGAAGCCCAAGAAAAUGUUUUCAUUUAUCCGCCUAUUACAAAAAAUUUUUCCAGCGAACUUCAAGGUCUGCUAAAAUUUGGAGAAAGACAAAAUGAAUAUCAAAAACUUCUAAGGCAAAGUAUCGCAAGUGAUUGCAGAAAAUCGCAUAAGAAUUCGACGAAGGAGGAUAGUUCAACGGACGAAGCGGAUAGAUGUGAAUGUUGUGAGAAAUUACGCAAAGAGUUUGAAUAUAUCAUGGAACCGUUACAGAAUCGUUUGAAUUCGAAUAUUACCAAUGCUUUGGCGGCUUAUGGAGCCAUGGACCAAUUAAAUCGUAUGUACACAAUGUGGGAACAUUACAUAAUCGUGGAGAAAGAGUUACGGCAAAGUAAGGAACGCCUACGUUAUGUGAAUUUGCUACAGAGAAAGAUGCCACAGGUAAUAGAUGAGAAAAAUAUUAAGGAUCGUCCAGCAACAACAACUGCUCCGACUAGCUCAUCUAAGGAUGUAGAUAAUAAAGAUAUAGAAAAAUCUAUUGCUUUAUUAGAAACAAUAUUAAAGCCAGAGCAAAUAGCGGCAACUAAAAGUCAAGAGAUCAAAGUACAUCGGGAACGCAGUAGAUCCUUUAUGAUAGAAGAUAUUCCCAGUUUACGCGAGGCACGUGAAAGCGAUAAAAAUAAUGCUGUUAAACAACAUUUAUUAAGGAGGCAGAGUACUUACGGCGAUAGCAAAUCAAAAGUUUCGAAAUGGACUAAAGUGAAAGCGGCUUUUAAAUGGGAAAAAGCCAAUGUACCAGUUAUAACGGAGGGUACACGUGACGUUCUUACACCAAACAAUGCUGAAGUGGCGAGAUAUCUACGAGUACCGUCUGUACCUUGCGGUGGUAGUUCAGCUGACAGCAUUUUGAGUUCAUCUUCGGGCCACUUACUAAGCGAGGGUACUAUGAGCUCUGCCAGCUCAAUGGACGAUAUUGAUAAUAAUGCUCAACCUAAUAUGCGUAAAGAUUCAUCGAAAAAUUAUGUAAUGAAUUCAGCGGCAGAAAAAAAAGUAGCUGAAGAAACAAAAACGUUAGAUACAUCGCUUCCGAAUGAGUCGCACAAAUGUGUUUCUCCGACAAAGUCAACAAGCAAUAAAUCUUUGCGUAAAUACAAAACUAUAACCGACUUUGAAGUUGUACCUGAAGAUGUUGAAACCGAUCUCAGCGGAACUGGCAAACGUAAAACACGUGUUCCUCCCCGUCCAUUAAAUCUUAAUAUUAAACAGGAUUUAACCGACAUUGAUCUUAAUUAUUAUACAACAUCACCUCAUUUAUUGAAAGCCAGUCCAAAAGAUGGCACUCAAUCGCUUAAUCGUACGGCUGUUAAGAAAAUCAGUUCACCCGUCAAUUCAUCUGUGCCUUCAAGUCCCUCCAGACAUUCAGAUUGUUUUAUUGAAUUCGAAAGUGAAGAUUUAUCUAGUGGUGAUUUUUCCGAAUCAAAUUCACCCAAUGACUUGAUGACGCGUAAAAGUUUUGAACAACAGCAAUUGGAAAUCAAUCGACGUUAUGAAUUGCUGCGAAUCAAAUUGGAUAAAGAAUUUGAGGCUAAGCGUAAGGAAUGGGAGAAAAUGAAGACGAGUCGUGGUAAAAAUUCGACUUUAGUUUUAAAUAAAUUUGCGUACAAUUUUCUUUUGUACGAAUCACUUGCAGGUAUUUCAUUAAUAACGGCUAAUAAAACACCAGAGCCUUUAUCGCCCAGUCCGUCGAUGAUGAGCAAUAAUUUAACGACCAAAUUUUUAGAGGAAAAUCUUACCCCCGACUUUAAGAAAAAGUUACAAAAAUGGCGCGUUAAAAAGCAAGCUUCAAUAGGAGGUAUACAAAGUCAAGCUACGCUGCACACAACAACACCGAAAGAGAAUGUAACCGCAUCUGCGACUUUAACUCCAACAUGUGUUAAAGAAAACAAUAACAUAAAAAUUGAUUGGAAUUUAUGGAAAACAGGACAAUUAAAGUUGGAGGGCCAGGGUUUAAGUCCGUUACCCGAACAAAAAGAUUUGCCGGAAGAGUUCCAAAAAAAAUUAGAACAAUGGAAUAAAAUCAAACGCGGCGGUUCUUCAACAAGUUGUGCGGACUCUUUAAAACGUUCCCAUAAGCAUGGUAGUGGUGGCAGUAGAAAAGGUGAAUCCGAUGAUGACAAGAAAGCCGAGAAACAUAAGCCUCCUGAUAAAGAGAAAUCGGAGAGAUUGGCCAAAUUGAAAGCUAUUGUUGGUGAUCACCCAGCUAAAGAGAUUGAAGUAAAAACAUCAGCUGGUGUUAUGAAAUUUGAAGGUAUCUCUCGCAAGUUUACCCGUAAACUUUAUGAGUGGGAGAAAGCGCGCGGUAUCGGCCCCGAAGCUUCCACGUUCGCUUUACUACAUCCCGGUUAUUGUCCAAUCGAUGUUAAAAGAAUACCGAAAGAGACCAAUGCCCAAGAAAAUCCACCUACCUUAAGUAGAUCGUUAUCGUUAGACAGCGUAGCACCUUCUGCAGCUAUACCGAUGAUAUCGCAACAGGCGUCCAGUUUAUCGUUGAACGAUGUUAAUGAUCUGAAAAAUAUAGAAGAAAAGGGUGUAAAUAGCACGGAAGUUUUAACUUUAGGGAAUGAGUUUAAAAGAUUUGAAGAACCCGAAGCUGUUGUGGUCGAAGUCGAGGAUCAUAUUGUGGAAACAGCUUCAGCAUUGAUAACUGCAAAUCCCUGGGAUAAGCAACAGACACCAAUUUAUAAAUAUGAAGAAAUUACUUGUAACGAUUUUUGUAAUACGAGGAGGGUGCAAAGUUUUGAGUCUCAUACUAAUGUAACUCCGUUAUUGAAUGUAUUGAAAAAUACCGAAGAAUUGUUGAAAUUAUUGAAACAAAAAUCACCAGAUAUAGGGGAAAAUAUGAUUUUGAAGCAAUGUGAAUCCGUAGUGACCUUGAUACGCAACAGCUAUACUUAUUACUCGGAAAAUCUGACGAAGCCCGCUUUAGUAAAUGCUAUAUCUGAUGCGCAAGUCAAAUUAAGUCGCUUAAGAGAUUUGAGCGCCAAAUCGCCGUUAGACGAAGCUUGUUGCCAGGAGAUUAUGAAGGAACGCAACGCAGAGUAUAACGAAGAAUUUCAUGGUCUGCGAGAAUGUUUGGAGGUUUUAAAGCAUAAUUUGCUUGGUAACGGGCCCCUUUGUUCUAGAGAUAAUGUACCCGAUAUUAAUAUAACUUCUGAAGAUGGAUUAGAAUCAUCGGUUAUUACGCAGCCGGGUGAUACAACUUGCGAUCAAAUGUCCACAACGUUAGAGGCUACCGAUGAAUUAAGCGCUUCGGUAGUAGAGAACGAUACCGAAACUCCGAACGUUACAGUUACUCGUACAGGCAGCGGUAGCGGUGGUGGUGGUAAGAAAAAAAUUCGUUUACGUAAAGUAGGCUCGCGUCAGAACAGUAAAACGGAUAGUGAUAGCAGUGAUGAGGACAAUAAUUAUGGCAGUAAUUUAGAAACUCCGAGGCGUUUAAAACGGAAAAGCUACCGGCUAAAGCAACGAUCAUUUGAUGACGAUCCAAAACUUAACGCUGACGAUAUGAUUUAUACACUAAAAGUUAAACCGGGCCAGCGUAUAGAAGAAAAUCGUGAGAGCGCGCCCCUGAAAGAGCCUAUACGAACUGCUGCUUCUUUAAUUCUGCCGUUGACAAUUUCCACUUCAUUGCCGAACGUGUUUGUCAAAACUAAAAGAAAACUAUUCACAACGGUACAAGAACCAGCCGCUGUGGAUGGCUUAACUGUUAUCGAACAAGAAGUGGAUAAUUCUCCUGUGGAGCAAAUUCAAAAAAAUGAUCUUAAACUAAAUGCAGUUACUUUAGAGGACAACGAAAGCAAAUCUGAUUAUUGGACAUAUAAUGCGAAAAUAAAACAACUGGAACAACAAGUUAAGCCACGGUUACUGUUAGUUCAUAAGUCUCUCAGUUUAGACGAUACACGUACCGAUAUGGAAACAAAUGACAGUAAUGAUAAGAAAUCCCAUAGUAUGGAAAAUAUCCGUAAUAAAAAACUGACUAAAGCAACACGACCACCUUUAGCCAAUGACAGUUUCCGUUUAAUAAACAAAAUCAAAGGAUCGCAUAUUGAGGGUAAAACUAAAAAAAUCAAUUCGGCGAAUGAGAAAAUCGAACAUGUUUUUAAAAAACACGCAGAUAAAACUCACACGAGGGGGAUUACUGUUAAAAAGAUUGAAACGAAAAUUUCGAAAUCGCAAACUGCCAACACUGUGUCAACGGAUAAAUUCGAUAACACUUUACCACGUAUUCAUCGUAAAUGGGAACGUAAAUCAUUGACUCCUACUACGCAAUAUACCAAAUUCAAUUAUCCCGAGCCCGCGACCUCGGAACCAUCUAGUCCAAUGUACGCGGAAACUUAUUAUAAGCCGGCAACUCCGCUCACCGAAAGGGCUUUGCGUUUGAAAAAAGCAAAAGAAGAUUUCUUAAAGGGUUUUGCCGAUUUUCCCAGCCUUCAGCAAGCGCAACCGCAUAAAUUAGAAACAAAGCAACUCUCACAGUGGCCCGAAAAAGGCCAAAGCGAUUUAAGCUUAAGUUCUGUUACUACGACUGAUGAGCGUUCUCUGGUAGAUGAUGAGAGCACUGAAAUGGAACAAGAAGAAAUCCCAAAAAGUUUAAGCGCCAACACUCUUAGAGACGAAACACCGGCCACUCAUUCGGAUACCGGUACAGAUCAGGAUUUUGGUGCUUUAUAUAAUUCAUUUCCGCGCCAAGUUACACGUUCUCGAAAGAUAACCAGUAAAUUGGGCUUUGCUACGUUGGCUUCGAAAUUGCGUAAAGUGAAAGGCAAGAAGAAACCGAAGAAUACCAGCAGCGAAACUAUAUCAAAUGUACCUCUAACAGCGAGUAAUAGUAAUAGCGCUCUGUCAACAUUGUGUCGCCAAAGUUUAUGGUCUGAUGUUAUAGCGAUACCUCGUUUAAUAAAUAGCGAUGAUAUGACAUCGCCUUCGACAAUUAAUAAAUCGAAGUCAUCUCCACAUGCCUUACAACAAGCAAGACAAAAUAUUACGGAGGAAUCGAAAGCCAACGUGAAUAUACAAAACGAACGUUUAAAUAAAUCACAAAGCGAACAAUACGUGAAACGCCAUAAAGAAAGCUAUGUCUAGUCAUAGAGAAUAAAC